CAGAAUGUUAUUUCAAAGGAAAGCUUUAGCAAUGUACUUACCAAAAACAUAGUAGCCAUGAUAGUGUGGCUUGCCCUUAGUAUCCUCAAUAGCACCAUGACAUCCACUUUCUUUAGACAUAACUUUUUCUAUGAGGACCCACGCUACAUAAUGUUUAUUUACAUGGUCAUCAAUGAUGCAGUCCAACUGACACUUGUAACAGGUCUGUAUGUGGUAAGUUAUGCUUUCUCUAAGAUCUUGGUGUCAGCUUGUUGCCCAUUCAUCAUGAUAGCUGUUCUAACGACACGCUCUACACCCCUCAUCCUUGCUGGGAUGGCCAUUGAACGCUACAUCUCCAUUUGCUUUCCCCUACAUUAUGGCCACAUGUGCACAGUGCAGCGCACCAUCUGGAUCAUCGGGGUUAUCCUUGUAUUAUGUAGUGCACCCCCUCUCACAGACCUCUUUAUAACUCUGGCCAAGGAGCCUGCAUCCUUUUUUAAAACCCUCAUCUUCUGUGACCACUCACUACUUUUCCGUGACCCCUACAUCUACUACAAGAAUUGUGCUUUUGACAGUGUCUAUUUUUCUUUUGUCUUUUUGGCCUUGAUCUAUACAUACUGCAAGAUCAUGCUGACAGCACGAGCAGCUUCCACUGACCUGGUAUCUGUGAAAAAGGCCAGAAACACAGUGCUGCUCCAUGGUGUGCAGCUACUGCUCUGCUUGCUGGCUUUUGUUGUGCCAUCCAUGCAAGCUCCUCUAAUCCAGUUGUUUCCACUGUAUGGCCUAGAAAUACGCUACAUUAACUUUUUGCUGGUAUAUAUCAUCCCACGCUUCUUGAGCCCUAUGAUCUAUGGGGUCAGAGAUGAAAAAUUCAGAAAAUAUUGGAUUAGAUACCUUCUCUAUAGAGUCAACAGGGUGAAACCUACUCAAUACUUGCCUCAAAAACCAGGGUGA